CGGCUGCUUUUUGUUGGCAAACUGGUAGUGCACAUUUGAUGGUGCCGUCGGUCUGCUAGUAGAUUUGUGAUCAAAUUCUAUCUUCGUAAAAACAACCAAUUUGUUGGUUGACUAUAUAAGGGAUGAUUUCGUCAACAGCAAACAAAAUUGGAAGGGCAUUGAGCUUGCAGGUUAGGAGCUUCACGGUAUCUUCUGCUUCGCGAAGUGAUAGUUUAUUCGUCCACCGAGACACGCCGCAAAAUAAUCCAGAUGUUCCAUUCAAUUUCACACAAGAAAACAUUGAGAGAGCAAAUGCCAUCAUGAACAUCUAUCCUGAAGGACACAAGCGUGCAGCAGUUAUUCCUUUGCUGGAUUUGGCCCAACGCCAAGCCGGUGGAUGGCUUCCCAUAAGUGCAAUGCACGCUGUUGCUGAUAUGCUUAGCAUGCCAAAAAUGAGAGUGUAUGAAGUAGCUACCUUUUACACAAUGUUUAAUAGGAAUCCAAUUGGGAAGAACUUUGUUCAGGUCUGCACCACCACACCAUGUUGGUUGAUGGGCUCUGAAAAAAUCAUGAAUUGUUUGAAAAAGAAAUUAAACAUCAACAACGGCGAGACUACAUCUGAUGGACAAUUUUCAUUAUUAGAAGUAGAAUGUCUAGGAGCGUGUGUCAAUGCGCCCAUGAUUCAAAUCAAUGAUAACUUUUAUGAGGAUUUGACUGAGAAAGAUACCGAAGAAAUUAUUGAUGACCUAAAGGCUGGGCGGGAACCAAAAGCUGGGCCGAGGAAUGGACGCUUUGCUUGUGAACCUCGUGAUGGUCUUACAUCGUUGACGGAACCGCCUCCAGGCCCAGGGUUUAAAAUCCAACCCGGCUUGUAAAUCACAAUAAAUGGCUUUACUGUAAAGAUUACCCAUAAAAGUGGUGUAUGAAGGUAGUGAAUACAUACAAAAUUAUCACAA